CACUUUAUUUUCUCACGCCCCAUGCGUAACCCCACAUCCUAUGACCGGCCGUCUGUCAGUCGGCGGCGCGACGCGGGUCGACCGAUCCCUCAUCGACUCGACUCGAUUCUGUCGAAUCGCGCGCGUGUAGUCGACAACACGCCUGCAAACAGCUCCGUGUCUAUGGUCAAUCUUUGACAGCUCGCGCAUCUGGCGUUGUCGUAUUUAUACUCGGAUAAACAGAAGUUUCAUUAAGUUUUCGUAAAAUAAAAUCAUAAAUAGAAAACUCCUAAGUUACAAAAGAAGAUUAAAGCAAUCCUGUCGUGAGUGACAUUAGAGUAAAACUUGCCCUGUCCAGUCUGAAAAUUCCAUCGUCGAACAGGUGUCUCAAACGAAAUGUGUGCCAGUUCCCAGCGUAAUUAACUGACGAGGGGCGUGAAUAAUACAAAAGUGUAUCGAUCGACGUGAUAAUCGGGACCGGGGGUGACUAUUCCCUGGUUAAACCAAACCGACGGGCGCGCGCCCUUUGAUUGUGUACUGCGGGGGACGCUUGAGUCGCGGUCUGCAAGGCCGGCAAUGUCCUACCUGCGGUCCAACGCCAGCUAAGGACACGGGAGCAUCGUCCUGUCCGGCCGCAGGCUGGACGCACGCUAUGCGGGUGGCAGCGAGGUGAAGGCAGCCGUGGCUAGCAUGCCGCACCAGUACGGCGGGGCAGGCGCGGGCGCGCUGGCUGGCGGCGCGUCGCCGCCGGCGCAGCACGCGGCGCUGUUCCCGCGAUACGCCGGCGCAGCUGGCCCGGGCGCCGGCGCCUACCGCCCGGAGGAGCGCCGUCUCACAAGAGAGGCUAUGGAGCGCUACUUGCGCGAUCGCUCCGACAUGGUUGUCGUCAUUCUCCACGCUAAAGUUGCCCAGAAGUCCUAUGGAAAUGAGAAAAGGUUUUUCUGUCCUCCACCCUGCAUCUAUUUAUUUGGAGACGGGUGGCGGCUGCGGCGCGAGCGCAUGCUCCGAGAAGGGGAGACUGAGCAGGCAGCACAGCUCUGUGCCUUCAUAGGUAUUGGCAACUCGGACCAGGACAUGCAGCAGCUGGACCUCAACAACGGCAAGCAGUACUGUGCGGCUAAAACUUUGUACAUAUCUGACUCUGACAAGAGAAAGCAUUUUAUGCUCUCAGUGAAGAUGUUCUAUGGAAACGGUCAUGAUAUUGGUAUAUUCAAUAGUAAACGAAUUAAAGUGAUAUCUAAACCUUCCAAGAAGAAACAGUCAUUAAAGAAUGCUGACUUGUGUAUUGCCAGUGGGACAAAAGUAGCUCUGUUUAACAGGUUAAGGUCUCAGACUGUGUCCACUAGGUACCUGCAUGUUGAGAAUGGGAACUUCCAUGCAUCCUCUACGCAGUGGGGAGCCUUCACCAUUCACCUUCUGGAUGACAAUGAGAGUGAGUCAGAGGAGUUUGCUGUGAGAGAUGGAUAUGUCCACUAUGGGUCCACAGUGAAACUUGUAUGUUCAGUAACAGGCAUGGCACUUCCUAGGCUAAUAAUAAGAAAGGUUGACAAACAAAUGGCCUUACUAGAAGCUGAUGAUCCAGUAUCCCAGCUACACAAAUGUGCAUUUUACAUGAAGGAUACAGAAAGAAUGUACCUAUGUCUGUCACAAGAGCGCAUCAUACAGUUCCAAGCCACACCAUGCCCAAAGGAACCAAAUAAAGAAAUGAUCAAUGAUGGUGCCUGUUGGACAAUCAUAUCUACAGAUAAGGCAGAGUACCAGUUUUAUGAAGGAAUGGGUCCAGUGAGAUCACCAGUAACUCCAGUGCCUUUGGUCCACUCGUUGAACCUGAACGGUGGAGGUGAUGUGGCCAUGCUGGAGCUGGCGGGCGACAACUUCACGCCCUCGCUGCAGGUGUGGUUCGGCGACGUCGAGGCGGAGACCAUGUACAGAUGCGCGGAAUCCAUGCUGUGUGUCGUGCCAGACAUAUCGCAGUUCAGAGGCCAGUGGUUGUGGGUCCGACAACCUACGCAGGUACCAGUAUCGCUAGUCCGCAACGACGGCAUAAUAUACGCGACGGGUCUAACGUUCACGUACACGCCGGAGCCGGGCCCGCGGGCGCCGUGCGCGCCGGUGGACGACGUGAUGCGGCCCGACGCGGCCGCCGCCUGGCACCACGACGCGCACGCGCACCGGCUGCCCGACAACACCCUGCAAUAGCCCAUGGACUGCAGGCUGGACGACGACAGCCUGCAGUUAUAACCGGGACCGUUUUAACUCUGUUCAGUGACUCCAAAGAACGAAGCCUGUUUACAGCGGACUAGUGACUUUUCAGUCCAAAUCGAUGACUUUUGGUGAGUGAUUCAAAGACAUUUUGUAUUAGGUAAUUCGAUAGUGCCUAAUGUCUAUUCAUCAUAGCAUGAUCUCUAGCGAAGUUUUGUGCUACGGACCAAAUGGACAAGUGGAUAUUUUCGAAUAUAUUUUAAGUGGUUCAAGUGGUGGAGUACAGCCGUUAGCGGCGAUAAUACUUUAUUUUCGCAAUCUUGUCGCGACCAACGUCGCGGCCUGCUCAUUAAGGCGUUAUCUUCACGAUGGAGGAUGUACAAUAGAAAAUGUCCAGCUCAUUAAUUUGUGCAAUACUUAACAUUUUACUUUGGACUGAUCUUUGUGACAAGGAUGUUUUGUACCAAACCUCACUUGUGCAGGUAAAGCCCUCGUUCUCGGGUGUCAAAGAGCGUAUCAUUAUAAUAAUUUGAGAAUUACGUUUAAAAGAUCAUGUUAGGAUCUAUAGAUUAUAGAAAGCUUUAUUAAUGAUGAAGGUGCCAGUUCGCGAGUCGGUCGCUUUGCUUGAGAGCUUCGAACCGCAUGGCGCUAAACAAAACUAUGUGAACACGAUCGUCGUGUGCCUAAUUAUAUCUAAAGAAUAUGUUUGUAUCUACGAGAUUAUGACACCAAAACUACGAUUAAGGUUAAAAUUCAGCAAUAAAAGCAAGUUGUGACAACAGUAACAUAGAUGACGGGGUGAAGGGGUAACAUUGUGAUAUAACUCA